GGAGGUCAAGCGUAGCCUCUUCUCCUUUACCAAGAUGGCGUCUUGUUCCUGUUUCGCCACAGUUCCUACCUUAUGAGCUUGGUUUCCUCGCGCUAAUAAGAGAGGAACAGAAAAAGCUGGCAGGCUGACAGAGGCAACCUCGGGACGGACUUUCUGGCUACUGACCAUUUUGCUGUGUCUUACUAGGAUUGUGUGGACGUGAGAUCAAAUCAACCAUGAGCUCCGUUGCAGUUUUGACCCAGGAGAGUUUUGCUGAACAUCGAAGUGGGCUGGUUCCACAACAAAUCAAAGUUGCCACUUUAAAUUCAGAAGAGGAAAGUGACCCACCUACCUACAAGGAUGCCUUCCCUCCACUUCCUGAGAAAGCGGCUUGCUUGGAAAGUGCCCAAGAACCUGCUGGAGCCUGGAGUAACAAGAUCCGGCCAAUCAAGGCCUCUGUCAUCACUCAGGUAUUUCAUGUACCCCUGGAAGAGAGAAAAUAUAAAGACAUGAACCAAUUUGGAGAAGGUGAACAAGCAAAAAUCUGCCUUGAGAUCAUGCAGAGGACUGGUGCUCACCUGGAGCUCUCUCUGGCCAAAGACCAAGGUCUGUCCAUCAUGGUUUCAGGGAAGCUGGAUGCGGUCAUGAAAGCCCGGAAAGACAUUGUUGCUAGACUGCAAACACAGGCCUCAGCAACUGUUACCAUUCCUAAAGAGCACCAUCGCUUUGUCAUUGGCAAAAACGGAGAGAAACUGCAAGAUUUAGAACUAAAAACGGCAACCAAAAUCCAGAUCCCACGCCCAGAUGACCCCAGUAAUCAGAUCAAGAUCACUGGCACCAAAGAAGGCAUCGAGAAAGCUCGCCAUGAGGUCCUUCUCAUCUCUGCUGAGCAGGACAAGCGUGCUGUAGAGAGGCUAGAAGUGGAGAAGGCCUUCCACCCCUUCAUCGCUGGGCCGUACAAUAGACUUGUGGGCGAGAUCAUGCAGGAAACAGGAACACGCAUCAACAUCCCUCCACCCAGUGUUAACCGGACAGAAAUUGUCUUCACGGGAGAGAAGGAGCAGCUGGCUCAGGCUGUGGCUCGUAUUAAGAAGAUUUAUGAGGAAAAGAAGAAGAAGACUACAACCAUUGCGGUGGAAGUGAAGAAAUCUCAGCACAAGUAUGUUAUUGGGCCGAAAGGCAAUUCAUUGCAAGAGAUCCUGGAAAGAACUGGAGUUUCUGUUGAGAUUCCACCCUCAGACAGCAUCUCCGAAACUGUGAUACUUCGUGGAGAGCCUGAAAAGUUAGGACAGGCAUUGACUGAAGUCUAUGCCAAGGCCAACAGUUUUACCGUUUCCUCAGUCUCUGCCCCUUCCUGGCUUCACCGUUUCAUCAUUGGUAAGAAAGGGCAGAACCUGGCCAAAAUCACUCAGCAAAUGCCAAAGGUUCACAUUGAGUUCACAGAAGGUGAGGACAAGAUCACCCUGGAGGGCCCCACGGAGGAUGUGAGUGUAGCCCAAGAACAGAUUGAAGGAAUGGUCAAAGACCUGAUUAAUCGGAUGGACUAUGUAGAAAUCAACAUCGACCAUAAGUUUCACAGACACCUCAUUGGAAAGAGUGGAGCCAACAUCAACAGAAUCAAAGACCAGUACAAGGUGUCUGUGCGCAUCCCGCCUGACAGCGAGAAGAGUAACCUGAUCCGGAUUGAGGGAGAUCCACAGGGUGUGCAGCAGGCCAAGCGGGAGCUGCUGGAGCUCGCCUCUCGGAUGGAAAAUGAGCGUACCAAGGAUCUAAUCAUUGAGCAAAGAUUUCAUCGCACAAUCAUUGGGCAGAAAGGUGAACGGAUUCGUGAAAUUCGUGACAAAUUCCCAGAGGUUAUCAUCAACUUUCCAGAUCCAGCACAAAAAAGUGAUAUUGUGCAACUCAGAGGCCCCAAGAAUGAGGUGGAAAAAUGCACUAAGUACAUGCAGAAGAUGGUUGCGGACCUGGUGGAAAAUAGCUAUUCAAUUUCUGUGCCCAUCUUCAAACAGUUUCACAAGAAUAUCAUUGGGAAAGGAGGCGCGAACAUUAAAAAGAUUCGUGAAGAAAGCAACACCAAGAUUGACCUUCCUGCAGAGAACAGCAACUCUGAGACCAUUGUUAUCACUGGCAAGAGAGCCAACUGUGAAGCUGCCCGGAGCCGAAUUCUGUCUAUCCAGAAAGACCUGGCCAACAUAGCUGAGGUGGAAGUCUCAAUCCCUGCCAAACUUCACAACUCUCUCAUUGGCACAAAGGGCCGUCUGAUCCGCUCCAUCAUGGAGGAAUGUGGUGGAGUCCACAUCCACUUUCCUGUGGAGGGUUCUGGAAGUGACACGGUUGUCAUCAGGGGUCCUUCCUCAGAUGUAGAGAAGGCCAAGAAGCAGCUCCUGCAUCUGGCUGAGGAGAAGCAAACCAAGAGUUUUACCGUGGACAUCCGAGCCAAACCAGAAUAUCACAAAUUCCUCAUUGGCAAAGGGGGAGGUAAAAUCCGAAAGGUGCGUGACAGUACUGGAGCCCGCAUCAUAUUCCCAGCUGCUGAGGAUAAGGACCAGGACCUGAUCACAAUCAUAGGAAAAGAGGAUGCUGUCCGUGAGGCCCAGAAGGAGCUGGAAGCACUAAUCCAGAACCUGGAUAAUGUGGUUGAAGACUACAUGCUGGUGGAUCCCAAGCACCACCGCCAUUUUGUUAUCCGAAGAGGGCAGGUUUUACGAGAGAUCGCUGAGGAGUAUGGAGGGGUGAUGGUCAGCUUCCCACGCUCUGGCACACAGAGUGACAAAGUCACCCUCAAGGGUGCCAAGGACUGUGUGGAGGCAGCCAAAAAGCGCAUUCAGGAAAUCAUUGAAGAUCUGGAAGCUCAAGUGACGGUGGAAUGUGCUAUUCCCCAGAAGUUCCAUCGAUCUGUCAUGGGCCCCAAAGGUUCAAGAAUCCAGCAGAUCACUAGGGACUACAAUGUUCAAAUUAAGUUCCCAGAUAGAGAGGAGAACCCAGCUCACAGUGUAGAGCCUUCCAUCCAAGAAAACGGAGAUGAGGCUGGAGAGGGCAGAGAGACCAAAGAGACUGACCCUGGCUCUCCCAGGAGGUGUGACAUCAUAAUCAUCUCUGGCCGGAAAGAGAAAUGCGAGGCUGCCAAGGAAGCCCUGGAGGCACUGGUUCCAGUCACCAUCGAGGUAGAGGUACCCUUUGAUCUUCACCGUUAUAUCAUUGGGCAGAAAGGAAGUGGAAUCCGCAAGAUGAUGGAUGAGUUUGAGGUGAAUAUACAUGUACCAGCUCCCGAACUGCAGUCAGACAUCAUCGCCAUCACUGGCCUUGCAGCAAAUUUGGACAGGGCUAAGACGGGGCUACUGGAUCGAGUAAAGGAGCUACAGGCUGAGCAGGAAGAUCGGGCUUUAAGGAGUUUUAAGCUGAGCGUCACUGUAGACCCCAAAUACCAUCCCAAAAUUAUCGGGAGAAAGGGGGCAGUGAUUACCCAGAUCCGCUUAGAACAUGAGGUGAACAUCCAGUUUCCUGAUAAAGAUGAUGGGAACCAGCCUCAGGAUCAAAUCACCAUCACAGGGUAUGAGAAGAACACUGAAGCUGCCCGUGAUGCUAUCUUGAAAAUUGUGGGUGAGCUUGAGCAGAUGGUUUCUGAGGAUGUCCCAUUGGACCACCGUGUGCAUGCCCGCAUCAUUGGUGCCCGAGGCAAAGCCAUCCGGAAGAUCAUGGAUGAGUUCAAGGUGGACAUUCGCUUCCCACAGAGUGGAGCUCCAGACCCCAAUUGCGUCACUGUGACAGGACUCCCGGAGAAUGUGGAGGAAGCUAUCGACCACAUCCUCAACCUAGAGGAGGAAUAUCUGGCUGAUGUGGUGGACAGUGAGGCACUGCAGGUUUACAUGAAGCCCCCAGCACAUGAAGAAUCCAAGGCACCAUCCAAAGGCUUUGUGGUGCGAGAUGCUCCCUGGACCUCCAACAGCAGUGAGAAGGCUCCUGAUAUGAGCAGCUCCGAAGAAUUUCCCAGUUUUGGGGCUCAGGUGGCUCCCAAGACCCUCCCUUGGGGCCCCAAACGAUAAUGAUCAAAAAGAAACCUUUCCAGCCUGCUGCCCAAACCCAGCCACAUGAUGGUUCGUCUCAAUCUGACCCAGCAGCUGGACCCUCGUAAAUUGUUGAUGCUCUUCCCCCCUCCCCGAGGUCUCGCAGCAAAGCCUGGUGGGCUGGCCUUGUGUGGCUGCUUCUCCAGGCCUGGUCAGCACCCAGCAAGCUCAGGGUCUGCUCCUGAUGCUGUGCUCUGGGACAGGCACGCCACUGUGUGAAACACUAAGCAAGGUAACGGAGCAUUUCGUGAUCACAGACUCCAGCUUCCUGGUCCACCCAGCAUGCAGUCAGCACUCUGACCUCCACACCAGAGCUCCAGCGGCUAGGAGCUGACUUCCUGUGUCAUGACCUCAGGAAAUAAAUUUCCUUGACUUUAUAAAAGCCAAAACGUUUGCCCUCUUCCUUUUCCCACCUCCCUCCUGCCCGCCACCUGUCACCCAGACCUUCCUCUUGUGGAAAGCAGUCAGCUACAUUUAGCUGUCAAAAUCUGCUUGGCACAGGCUACAGGAGAGGAGGAAGGCAUGGUCUGGGGCAGCGAGGUCAGAUGUCCUGGUGAUGGAGUGGUUGAGAGGUGGAGGGCGCCUGGGUCCUCAGACGGAACUGAUGGUGCCCGUGUUGGGCUCUGUGUGUGUGUCACCUGGGUCCCCUGUGGCUGUCACAGUGGACUGGGAUGACUUGAGACUUUGGAGGCAAGGGGAGGUAGAGACUGGCUUCUCUUUGGUGGGAGAGGGGGCUUGACCCUAGUGACAGCUCGACUUUUCCUACAACCUUUGGCCUCUUUGCCUCACCUAGACACCUCGUGUUCAGUUGCCUUCUUUCUACCUCAGCCAGUGUGGUAGUACUCUCAUGUGUGGGCUAGUGCCACCUCCAAGGCUCUUCUCUUGAUUUAGACAUUCUGGUGAUUCUGGGGAUGCCAUUGAGUUGAGGGUGAAAGCUAGUGCUUUUCUUCAACCCACAUGAUUUAGGGGCUGGUACAGAGCAGGGUGCUCAUUCCCAGCCAGCCUGACAUGUAGGCUCUAGCAAGCAUACCUGGAUGCUUUAUGCAGUCCUGAGGGACAGCGUUGAGGGCAAGUGUCAUCAAUGAGGCUGUCAUUUAGCAUGGAUUAGAAGGGAAGGCAGAAUGAAAACUAAGGACCCAGUGCAGGGAGUGCUGCUAGCUGAGGGAGGGAGGCCUUUUCUCAGGUGCAAGAGGGAACUUGGACUACUGGCCCCAGCCCUCACCAGGAAAAGUGGUCCCCAGUAGAAAUGUCUCUUUUGUGUUAUGGAGACUGAGGGCAGGUCUUUUUUCGCCAGGUCAUCCGAUCAACUAGCAACAUGUCCUGUCCCAGAUACUUGGGUUCCUAGAAAAGCCAACCUGUGCCCAUCUCAUUGCCUUCCCUGGGAACUAGUUGUCACUUCUACUGUGACCUCUUUCCCCAAGUCUUUCACUCUCCAUUUACUAACUCAGGCUUGGCUACCUGUAGACUCUUAACUCCUAAGUGGAUCCAGAAUUGCUUCUCCAAGUCUAACUUCAGUUCCCUGUAGAUGAAGCAGCCCCACAUGUACCCCAUUAUAGGAAUGAUAGUGAGAUGGGAAACAACAUCUGCUUUGCUCGGUAGGACCGGCUUGGGCCAGGCGGGGGAGACAGGGAGAGGGCGUCCCUGCCUUUUCCGGGAGCUGUCUCUUCUCCCAUCUGCAUGAGGCUGGGGACACCUUCCUUCCCUCCUGCCCUUCCAGCUCCCUCAUCAUCUUCACUGUCAUACUACAACAUCCAGUCUCCUCCUUCCCCAGAAAGUAAAGUUGAGAUGAUCACCACAGGAUUUUGCACAUCUCCAUUUAUUGCUAAGUGCUGUAGACGUAAGCCCUACCCUACACUGUUCAGGGUCUCACUCCUUUUCUGAUUGUUAAUAAGGACUAUGAAAUUGACUGUGCCUGGGUCACCUCUCUGCAACCUCCAAGCUGCUGAGGGGCCUAGGCAGGGGUGGGAAGUGUCCUUUCCUCAUUGUUGAAUGUCUUCCAUGUCCUGUUUCCAUAGCUACAUCCAUCCCUUGGCCUUAACUUUGGAAUUUGGAGAUUAUAUGCAAACAUGUGUAAAGGCUCAUGAAUAUGGAUGACACUGGAAUUUUAUAAAUUCUAAAAUAAAACCCAAAACCAGA